CAUUUUUGACCCCGGGGUUUUAUGACGUCGCACCUCCGCUGGCGAAUUCAUCCCACAUCCUUCCCCUUUGGGCCAUCAGCAUAAAUUCAAUUACAAAACUAUUUAUAAGACCUACAUCGAUUCCUCUUCGGAUAUGCAAUACUUCGACUUCGUUCUAUCACCAUGCCAUUCGUCUUCAUUCGUCUGAUAAACUGGGUACCCAAUGUCAUCUAUACACUACAUGUCUAUUGAGGCCUACCACCUAUCCAAACAACCCAAUCAAAGAGGCCUGGUCGACUCUGAAGAAUAUCCUACACUGACCGUGUACCGUUACCAUGACCUCGAGGAACCAGUCGCCGCGAUCUCCACUAUUUGACCAUGGAAUGUCGGAAAAGAAAGACUCUGGUCUUGGAGACUGCGACCUGAGCCCUACUCGAAGGCCCACCAACGUACAUGAUGAGCAUGCAGCAUCUUCAGAUACCGAUAGUGAAGUGCGAGGCAAAUUCCGCGGCGAUGGGAAGCGCGAAUUGACUGAAGAGGAGGCAUAUGAGAAACUCGGCUUCAGCUUCCCAUGGUACAAGAAAUGGGGAAUCUUGACAGUUAUCUUCGUCGUUCAAAUGUCCAUGAACUUCAACAGCAGUACAUACUCCAAUGCCGUGGUGCAGUUAUCGGAACAUUUCCAUAUCAGCCAGCAAGCGGCUCGAGUCGGUCAAAUGAUCUUUCUGAUAACCUACGCCUUUGGCUGCGAGUUAUGGGCGCCAUGGAGCGAGGAAUUCGGUCGAUGGCCUAUCAUGCAACUGAGCCUUCUCCUUGUGAAUAUCUGGCAAAUUCCCUGUGCCUUGGCCCCUAACUUUGGAACUAUGGUUGUUGGUCGCGGCCUGGGUGGACUUAGCUCCGCAGGAGGCUCGGUAACCCUGGGUAUGACUGCUGACAUGUGGGAGGCAGAUGACCAGGGCUUUGCUGUCGCGUAUGUAGUCUUGAGUUCUGUCGGCGGGACAACUAUUGGGCCCAUAUUCGGAGGAAUGAUGGAGCAGUGGUUGAACUGGCGGUGGAACUUCUGGAUUCAGCUUAUUUUCGGUGGAGUCACCCAAAUACUCCAUCUCCUUUUCGUUACCGAAACAAGAUCUACCAUCUUGCUGGAUCGAGAGGCGAAGCGUCGGCGCGAAUCCGGUGAGGAUCCAAGUAUCUAUGGCCCGAGUGAGCUCAAGCCAUCCCGGUUUGACGUGAAAGAAAUCCUUCGCAUUUGGCGGCGCCCAUUUGAGAUGUUCCUGCGCGAGCCCAUUGUGCUUUUCCUAUCUCUUCUUUCUGGCUUCUCUGAUGCGCUAAUAUUCACCUGCAUUGAAUCGUUCUCCUUGGUCUUCAAACAAUGGGCCUUUAAUCCACUGCAGGUUGGAUUGUGCUUUGUCGCCAUUUUUGUUGGCUAUCUGGUUGCAUAUGCCAUUUUCCUGCCCGACAUCUACCGCCAGCGCUUGAUUCGACGACGCGAGGGUGAUGCGGCUCGGGUGGCUGAGCGUCGGCUCUUGCUCUUGCUUUUCAUCGCACCCCUGGAGGCAAUCGGACUAUUUGGCUUUGCCUGGACGUCCAUGGGCCCAGAGUAUACCCAUUGGAUGGUCCCCCUGGUAUUCGUGUUCCUGAUCGCAAUCGCAAACUAUGGUAUCUACAUGGCCACGAUCGACUACAUGGUGGCGGCUUAUGGCGAGUAUUCUGCGUCCGCUACGGGCGGGAAUGGGUUCGCACGAGAUCUACUUGCUGGGCUAUCCGCGAUGUACGCAACCCCGAUGUAUACCAACAUCGGCAGACGUUUUCAUCUCCAAUGGGCUAGCACUAUCCUUGGCUGCUUGGCUGUUUUGGUGACCAUCCCGAUUUACAUAUUUUACUGGAAAGGUCCUGAGAUACGGGCGAGGAGCAAGUUCGCCCAGACCCUUGCCGCGGACAGGCAAAGACACGCUACUAGACGUCAGAGCAGCCAACUCACUCCUCCUGCUGCAUCACCAAUCCCAACCACGCUCGUUACUGUCUCCAAAGUCAACAGCGCGGCAGCAGCCGCAGCCCCCAGCCCUACCCAGCCAGGCAUCGCCUCAAACUGCAACGCGUACCAUCUGGUGGCGAGUGGUGAGACCUGCGCCAGUAUCGCGACGACAGCCGGCAUCUCCCUGACCGACUUCUAUUCGUGGAACUCCGGCGUCGGCAGCGGGUGUACCGCCCUGUGGCUGGGGUACUAUGUCUGCGUUGGGGUGGGAUCAACGGCGACAACCACCACCACAAGUACCACCACGACCGUUGCGGUGUCGACUCCCACCCCAACCCAGACGGGCAUGGUGAGCAACUGCAAUACCUUUUACCUGGUCGCGUCAGGCGAUACGUGCACCACUGUUGCGACGAAGGAGGGGAUCACUGUGCAGAACAUUGUGACCUGGAAUCCGGCCGUGGGGACGGGAUGCACUAAUAUGUGGUAUGGAUACUACAUCUGUGUGGGAGUCUCGGGAUGA